UCUUUAAGCGAGGAAACUGUUCCUGUUUUAAGUUGCGUCCCCUUCUCUUCUACGUUGCGUCCGCCGUCUCCCACUCCGUCGUCACCCGACACUCGCGACCUCGCGCUCGCCGCCGGGAUCCGGCUCCUUUGCACCCGCCUCGGCAACUCCGCCGCGGUCUAGUUUGAUAGCUUGUCUAAGAAGAGGGAACAGUCUUGCAGGGGUAAAGCUGCAUUUCACUGAUUAGACCUACCUGAUGCCAUCUGAAUGGUAUGGGCAGUGGGUGGUCUCAGCAGUCAGUACCUAAGGAAAUUGUCGCCUGUAGAUUUUCGAGGAAAUGGCAAGAAGUGCUAGAGCAAGGAGGCAUGUAGCUCGUCAUCUCAGGCCCAACCCAUAUCCCAUUCCUUCGUACCGAUGGAAGGCGAUGAAAGAUUCCAACCGAAAGAAAAUACUGCCAGCUGCGCACAAGAUGGACUGGGAAGAUGCCAACUGUUCUGUGUGCAUGGAAUACCCCCAUAAUGCUGUUCUCCUCCUCUGUUCAUCUCAUGAUAAGGGAUGUCGCCCUUACAUGUGUGGAUCUAGCUACCGCCACUCGAAUUGCCUUGAUCAGUUCAAGAAGGCCUACACCAAGGGUGCAUUGCUCGAGGAAGUUCCCGCCAAUAGUGUUGGGAGUAACCUAGACUCAGCACCAUUGACUGCAGGUGAAAAAACCGAGUCCAUUGACCUUGCAUGCCCGUUGUGUCGUGGCAAGGUGAAAGGGUGGACAGUGGUAGAACCAGCUCGAAGCUAUCUCAAUGGAAAAAGGAGAACAUGCAUGCAGGACGGCUGCUCGUUUGUGGGGACCUAUAAGGAACUCAGCAAGCAUAUCAAGUCAGAGCACCCUCUUGCAAAGCCAAGGGAAGUGGAUCCAGUCCUUGAACAGAAGUGGAGAUUACUCGAGAUUGAAAGAGAGAGGCAAGAUGCGCUCAGUACUAUUACUGCCACUAUGGGGAGGGCUGUUGUUUUUGGUGACUAUGUGCUAGACUUGGAGGAUGGAGUGGACUUGGAGGAUGUAGAAAGUGAUGCUGAUGCUGAUGCUGAUGAUGGCCAUGGGACGGAAAACACUCGAAGGAUGCUAUUAUUUAUAAUGCGUCAAGUUGCUCAGCAUCAUCAGAACCAAAGGCUUCAGAAUGCAAACGGUGCAUCUGACAGCGCAGAGGAGAAUUAUGUGAUGAGCAGCAGUGCCAAUGGAACCACACCUUACCCUUACCCCUUGGAAGGCGAGGAUGAGGAUGGUACGGUUAUGACCGGAGGCAGAAGCACUGAUGUGCUCAGACCAGAGCGGCGGCGGCGGCGCCACCGUAGGAACCGUGGAAGAUUGUUUUUAGGUGCUAAUUGAGAAGACAGGCUUUUACCACCAGAGGAGCACAUGCACAAAUGAUUCCCUGCUGUCUGGCAUUCAUCAAUUUCAGCCUCAGUUUACUUUUCAUGAUCAUGUACGAUGUAGUUAUCUUAACAUCAGCUCAUUGUUUCCCAUCGAUGUCUGUUCUCACAUUCUUUGUUGAAAAGGAAAAUACCGCAUCCA